AUGGCUGACACAACAGAAAAUCGGGAUGUCAAGAUUACGCUUUACUGGCUUAACGAGUCUCGCGCCCAGAACAUCCUCUGGCUGCUGGAGGCCCUUCAAUUACCGUACCAGCUGAAACCCUUUAAGCGCGGCCCUGACGGCUUUGCACCCGCCGAGCUGAAACAGAUCCAUCCACUCGGCAAGUCGCCCGUCGUCACCAUUGAGCGUCCAGGGCAGACACAGCCAUUGGUGCUUGCUGAAUCAGGCAAUAUCAUCGAGUACCUCGUUGACCAUUUCGGCGGUGUCGAGAAGGGCCUCGUCCCUCAGCGCUAUGUUGACGGCAGCGGCGAAGAAACCGAAUCCUGGCUGCGAUAUCGGUUCUUCAUGCAUUAUUCCGAGGGAAGCUUGAUGCCGAAUUUGUUGCUGGCAUUGAUAUUAAAUAACCUCCGAAACGCACCAGUCCCGUUCUUCAUCAGACCCUUCAUCAGACCCUUCACCAGAAUGAUUGCUAACCAGAUCCAAACCUCCUUUCUGGACAAGCAAUUCGCUGUCCAUUUCCCGUUCUUGGAGAAUCAGCUGAAGACUGCCCCAGGUGUGGACAACACUGACACUAUCAAGCGUGGUGGGCUUUGCGGCAAGGAUUUCACUGCAGCCGACAUGCUGAUGAGUUUCGGCCUCAUCGCUGCCACGGAAUUUGGCUUGAUCACCAAGGACAAGUUCCCGGAGAUUGUGGCAUAUACUGAGCGAAUCAAGGCGGAUGAGGCGUACAAGAAGGCAGCGGCAAAGGCUGCUGAGAUUAGUGCUUCUCUGUGA